CUUACAGAUUCAGUUCAGUUGAAUUGAUCCGGGCUUUUAGUUGGAAUUUCAAUGUCCCAUAAUUCAUGAUUCUUUUUGUGUGAUACAAUAAAGCUUAUGUGUUCUAGAAUCCGACUAUAGUAGAAAAUAGCAACCAGAAAGUUACACAUCCAAAAUGAAUGGCUGGUGAUUUAUCAAGUCAAAUGUUAAAAGGAAUCAUCAGAUUGAUACAUACUUGUGAGUCUCUUGUGCGAUCCCUUAAAAUAACAAGUUCAUGAGAGUGAUUUGCUCUUGAAUCAGACUAUAUUAUAAAAGAGCGGCCAGCACAUUAUCAGAAAUGUUCAUUUUCGAACCGUUUCUUUAAGGAGGUCCUUUACAAACCAAUGCGACCAAACUCACUAUUAGCAGGCUUUCUUUUUUUUCUAACGAGCUUCCCUAGUGCCUCAUUCCCUUGGCAAUUAACACGGAGCAGCUACUGUGAUCUGAUCCGUCUAAUGCCUUGACUCCUGUAGACGGAGACGGAGGACUCUUUUAAAGACACAAAGACGUUGCUACUGUCCCGUCUUUAAGGCAACAUGUCUUUCCCUCCCUUUUCCCAUGACAACGAGCAAACCCUCAUUUAACCCUGCUUCACAGAAGAAUAGGCCCCACGUUUUUCUGUGUGUGUAUUCAGAGCAUGGAUUCGCCGCCAUUGACUUCAAUUGAGAUUCAAAAGACAAGGGCUUUUUUUUUUUGGUGCUGUGUUCAGCCUUUUAAAGGAAAUGUACUGCAGGCGCUCCCCAGAGCAUCGCCGAGCUGUCGCUCCCUAGUACAAAUGCAUAAAUAGAUCAGGGAAUACAUAAAUCAAAAUAAGGAUGACAGCAGGAGCGAUUUGGAGGCGGAAAGAAGCGGCAAUAAAACUCCAUCAAUGUGUCGUUUUUUUGGCGUCUUUUUUUUCUUCUGAGAGCAUCUUUAGAGCCUUCAGGAGGCCUCGGCCAAUCAGUGGCUUGCAUGGCCAAUCACAGGUAGCCUGGCAGCAGGGAGGAUGGUCACCAUGACAACCCCCAAUAUAUGUUACACAGUCAUAACAGCCCAGUUUUUUUUUUUCUUCCUUUUUUGGGAUAAGUGGAAGCAGCAGACUGGAGAGGAAUGAAGAGACAGAAUGCUUGUCAUACGGCGACAAAACAAAAACCUCUAUCUGAAGCUCGAAUGUGACAAGCUGGCCAGUGAGAAGUCAGAAAUGCAACGUCAUUAUAUCAUGUACUAUGAGAUGUCCUAUGGGCUGAACAUUGAAAUGCACAAGCAGGCAGAGAUUGUGAAGAGAUUAAAUGGGAUCUGUGCUCAAGUCUUGCCUUACCUGUCUCAAGAGCACCAGCAGCAAGUUCUGGGGGCGAUAGAGAGAGCCAAACAGGUCACCCCACCAGAGAUGAACUCCAUCAUACGGCAGCAGCUCCAGGCUCACCAGCUCUCUCAGCUGCAGGGGCUGGCGUUGCCCAUGACCCCUCUCCCUCUCGGCCUCAGCCAACCGGCCGGCCUCCCAGCCGUCACCUCCAGCUCCGGCCUCUUCUCCCUCUCCAGCAUCCUGGCCUCUCAAGCCCAGCUGGCUAAGGAGGAUAAGAGCACACGCGAGACCUCGGACAGCCAUCGCGAGGAAGACGGAGACAAGUCCGACUAGUCGCCCGCCAAACUGGUUCCUUCAUCCGAUUAUCCUCCAGAGCUCCACAUAGAGCAGAGGCACUUGUUCCCGUUUUUUCCCCUUUUUAUUUUCCUUCAUUUUCUAGUCUACUUGCAUCUUUCUAUCUACCCUCUAAAUUGCUACUGUGUUCACAUGCCUAAUGUCAUUCCUUUUGGUUCAUUCCACCAGCUCUCUAUAUGUAUUUAUACCAAUCCACCUUUUUAUUGUGU